AUGCCGGACGAGCUGGUUUCCAAGGAGAGCAGGGCACGGGCCAUAGCUGCCUUGACAGACUUCUCGAUUUCCGAUAUCGGAGAGGUCAUCAGCAACUCCAAGGUGGCCAAUGUGGCGGAAGACAUAAAGGGCGGGGCGGAAGACGUCGCGGGCGGAUGGUCCUUCAGCGUCAACUCGCCACCCGUCGGCUCGGGCAUCACGCGCGAGGCGAGCGAGGAGCGGCCUCCUGAGGUCCUCAGCGUGUGCCAGGGCGAGAUGGCGGAGGGAAGCUCCUGCUCAGAUUUGCCGGAGGCAGACUGCAACGGACUGUUCCACACGGAACUUGAGCCGGCCGCCCCUUCGUCGAUGGUGGCUUGGUUCAAGAGCGAAGACGCUCACCCAGUAUGGAAGAGCGCGGUGGGCAGCUGGCAGGGUCGGGUGACCAAGGGCAGCAUCGCCAGAAAGGUCGAGGCUGGAAGCGGGGCUACACGACCCGUGACAUACCUCCGCGGCCUCAGUAAUGCGGGAUAUGACUUCGGCAAGAUCAUGAAGCCAGACUUCACGAUUUGUUCCAUCACCCGUUAUCUUGAAGGAGGCAUAAUGGGGCGCAUUCUCCAAAACAACAAUCCGAAUUUCCUCCAUGGGCAUCAUGCCGGGCGCACCGGUGUGGCUUAUUAUGGUACUUGGGUCACACCUCAGGAUGUUCCGGGCAAUACCGAUUGGCUUGUGAUGUGUGGCAACAACAGGGGGGUUGUGUUCGUUGGCAACGGAAGGAGCAACAUCGCUGUCCGCCACGGUGCUCUCCAAAACGCAGCCGACUUCAAUUUGUACAUCAAUGAGGGCCUCACCGAUGAGGUCUCUGAUUUCGGUGUCAUGGAGGUCAUCACGUGGAACCGAGCCCUCUCAGAAGACGAGAUGUGGACCAGCAUGGAGUACCUGAAUUGGAAGCUCCAGGAGACACUCCCACAUCAUCCCGCCGCCCAGUCUUCCAUGGUGGCUUGGUUCAAAAGCGAAGACGCGCAUCCAGUAUGGAAGAGCGCGGUGGGCAGCUGGCAGGGUCGUGUGACCAAGGGCAGCAUCGCCAGAAAGGUCGAGGCUGGCAACGGGGCGACAAGACCCGUGGCGUACCUCGCCGGCGACAGCAACGCCGCUUAUGACUUCGGCAAGAUCAUGAAGCCUAACUUUACGAUCUGCUCCAUCACUCGCUACGUGGAAGGAGGCAGAAUGGAACGCAUUCUCCAAAACAGCAAUCCCAAUGUCUUCCAUGGGCACCAUCAUGGGCGCACAGGUGUUGCUUAUUACGGUGCCUGGGUCACUUUCAACCAUUUUUCGAGCAAUACCGAUUGGCUUGUGAUGUGUGGCAACAACGAGGGGGUUGUAUACGUGGGCAAUGACCAGAAGGACAUCGGUAUCCGCCACGGUGUUCUUCACAAUGCAGACUUCAAUUUGUACAUCAAUGAGAACACCGGAGAAGCGUCUGACUUCGGUGUCAUGGAAGUCAUCACGUGGGACCGGGCAAACUCCGAAGACGAAAUGUGGACCAGCAUGGAGUACCUGAAUUGGAAACUCCAGGCACACCUUUCGCAUCGGCCCUCUGCGGAGUCUUCCAUGGUGGCCUGGUUCAAAAGCGAGGAUGCCAAUCCAGUUUGGCAGAGCGCGGUGGGCAGCUGGCAGGGCCGCGUGACCAAGGGCAGCGUUCUCCGAAAGUUUAGUGCAGGCAACGGGGCUCCAGUUCCGGUGGCAUACCUCGCCGGCGACAGCAACGCCGUAUAUGACUUCGGCAAGAUCAUGAAGCCUGACUUUACGAUUUGUUCCAUCACCCGUUAUCUUGAAGGAGGCAUAAUGGGGCGCAUUCUCCAAAACAACAAUCCGAAUUUCCUCCAUGGGCAUCAUGCUGGGCGCACCGGUGUGGCUUAUUACGGUACUUGGGUCACACCUCAUGAUGUUCCGGGCAAUACCGAUUGGCUUGUGAUGUGUGGCAACAACAGGGGGGUUGUGUUCGUUGGCAACGGAAGGAGCAACAUCGCUGUCCGCCACGGUGCUCUCCAAAACGCAGCCGACUUCAAUUUGUACAUCAAUGAGGGCCUCACCGAUGAGGUCUCUGAUUUCGGUGUCAUGGAGGUCAUCACGUGGAACCGAGCCCUCUCAGAAGACGAGAUGUGGACCAGCAUGGAGUACCUGAAUUGGAAGCUCCAGGCUACAAUUCCCCGCGAACCAGCUGACAAGCGAUCCAUGGUGGCUUGGUUCAAGAGCGAAGACGCCACUCCAGCUUGGCAGAGCGCGGUGGGCAGCUGGCAGGGUCGUGUGACCAAGGGCAGCAUCGCCAGAAAGGUCGAAGCUGGCAAUGGGGCUACACGACCCGUGACAUACCUCCGCGGCCUCAGUAAUGCGGGAUAUGACUUCGGCAAGAUCAUGAAGAUGGACUUCACGAUCUGUUCCAUCACCCGUUAUCUUGAAGGAGGCGUAAUGGGGCGCAUUCUCCAAAAUCGCCAUCCCAACUUCAUCCAUGGGCACCAUGGUGGGCGCACCGGUUUGGCUUAUUACGAUACUUGGGUCACACCUCAGGAUGUUCCGGGCAAUACCGAUUGGCUUGUGAUGUGUGGCAACAACAAGGGGGUUGUGUUCGUUGGCAACAAAAAGAGCAACAUCGCUGUCCACUACGGUGCUCUCCGAAACACUGACGACUUCAAUUUGUACAUCAAUGAGGGCUUCACCGAUGAGGUCUCUGACUUCGGUGUCAUGGAGGUCAUCACGUGGAGGCAGGCCCUCUCGGAAGACGAGAUGUGGGCCAGCAUGGAGUACUUGAAUUGGAAGCUCCAGGAGACACUCCCACAUCAUCCCGCCGCCCCUUCGUCCAUGGUGGCUUGGUUCAAGAGCGAAGACGCCACUCCAGCUUGGCAGAGCGCGGUGGGCAGCUGGCAGGGUCGCGUGACCAAGGGCAACAUAACCCGAAAGGUCGAGGCUGGAAGCGGGGCUACAAGACCCGUGACGUACCUCCACAGCCUCAGUAACGCGGGAUAUGACUUCGGCAAGAUCAUGAAGCCAGACUUCACGAUUUGUUCCAUCACCCGUUAUCUUGAAGGAGGCGCAAUGGGACGCAUUCUCCAAAAUCGCCAUCCCAAUUUCAUCCAUGGGCACCAUGGUGGGCGCACCGGUUUGGCUUAUUACGGUACUUGGGUCACACCUCAGGAUGUUCCGGGCAAUACCGAUUGGCUUGUGAUGUGUGGCAACAACCAAGGGGUUGUCUUCGUUGGCAACGGAAGGAGCAACAUCGCUGUCCGCCACGGUGCUCUCCAAAACGCAGCCGACUUCAAUUUGUACAUCAAUGAGGGCCAAACUUCGGAACCCUCUGACUUCGGUGUCAUGGAGGUCAUCACGUGGAACCGGGCCCUCUCGGAAGACGAGAUGUGGACCAGCAUGGAGUACCUGAAUUGGAAGCUCGUGAAAGGCUCGCAGUGA